AUGGAACUGAUUCCUGUGCAUAUUGUGUUAUCGUACAGAGAUCCAACUGCGAGAGCUGCGCUGAGCCGAGUGCAGAUUGCAGCGUUUGAGGGUGUUCAGGGCUGUGGAAACAGGAGACUCGCACACAUGAGCAGUGGUUUGCAGGACUGGACCCCACGUGUUUGCUGGGUGUGUGCUUUUGACUUCGCUGACCUCACACUUGUCAAACUUCCCUUGCCUAGGGAUCCUGACACUGAAAGCUUCCUUCCUACGGAGGUGCUCCCAGAGUUGGUUCACAGGGCUAAAGCUUUUCGUGGAAAAAAGAUCCAUGGAGAAUAUGACAUAAAGGUUGAACAGGCAGAAUUUUCAGAAAUCAACUUGAUAGCCCAUGCUGAUGGCAAUUAUGCAGUAGAUAUCCAAGUGUUUCGAAAUGGCACUAAAGUUGUCAGGUCAUUCAGGCCUGAUUUUGUCCUCGUGCGGCAACAUUCAUUCAGUAUGGCAGAAAACGAAGAUUUCCGUAACCUGAUCAUUGGAAUGCAGUAUGCAGGCAUCCCGAGCGUCAACUCCCUGGAAUCAAUCUAUAACUUCUGUGACAAACCAUGGGUGUUUGCCCAGCUGGUGUCUGUCUACAAAUCUUUGGGUCCAGAGAAGUUCCCUUUAAUUGAGCAAACGUUCUAUCCAAAUCACAAGGAAAUGGUGGCAUCUAAGAUGAGCCUCCGUGACAGCAGUUGA